AUGGCUACCCCUAGUGUCCUAGCUUUUGACGCUGAGGGUCGCGCCAUUGACUUUGAGGUCUGGGUCGACGACCUGCAGCUGUUCUUACAGUGCGAUAGAGCAGACGGUCUUUCUCUCUUUGACCUCACCUCUGGCGCCGUCCCUGCCCCUACUGCUGAUGCUGACCCCACUGUUCGCUCCCAGUGGGCCACACGCGAUGCUGCUGCACGUCUUGCUGUGCGUCGCCACCUGCCUACCGCUAAGCGCGCGCACUUUAGUCAGUACAAGAGUGCUCAGACCUUGUACGACGCUGUAGUUGCGCGCUACUCCUCCCCUCCCACUGCUGCAUUGAGCCGCCUCAUGCUACCCUUCCUCUUCCCUGACCUUGCUGCCUUUCCCACAGUCGCUGACCUCAUUACGCACCUCCGCUCUAUCACUCGUCUCCCUGACUCCCUUCGUGUAGUCUGGGACCACUUCCUCUCAGUCUGUCCCACCACACUCACUGUAGACCUCCUCGAGAAGUCCCUCCUAGCGGUAGAGAAGAGCAUAGUCGCUGUAGGGGCCUCUCGUGGUGACCCUCGCACCCCCAUCUUUGAGGGGUGUUCUCCUUUCCCCCUGUUGCCCUCCGUCGCCUCUGCCGCUGCGGCCGACCUCGUUGGUCUUGAGUCGGUCGGUGCCGCGUCCGCCCCUAGCGGAAGACGCCGCCCUGGCAAGGGCAAGGGGGGCAAGGGCGCGGGUGGAGCUGGCGGGGGCGGUGGAGGUGGAGGUGGCAAUGGCGGAGGGAGUGGGGGUGGCGGUGGAGGUGGUGGUGGGGGUGGAGGUGCUAGUAGCGGCAGUGGAGGCGGAGGCGGCGGUGGCGGCGGCGUUGCUGGCGGAGGCGGCGGUGGCGGAGGAGGCGGAGGCGGCGGAGGUGGAGGUGGUGGAGGUGGUCGGAGUGGCGCUUCGCAGCGGAGCAGCACUGGGGGUGGUCAGCGCCAGCAGCAGCAGCAGCUGUCUCGCGACGUCCCCACCCCUCAGCAGCUCCAUGAGUGGUACACGCAGCGUCAGCGUGGUGGGGGUUUUGGUCCCUGCACCUACGUCCUUCGCACCGACGACCGCACGGGUGAGCAGUGUGGGGGUGCCCACUCCGCCCAGCGCUGCUUUGGCCGCCUGACGGACGCUUGGCGCCAGCAGUUUCCGGAGGCCACUGAGAUCCCCCGCUGGGGAGAGCUGUCUAGGGCUAGUGUCGCUAUCUUUGAUCUUGACUUUGAUGCUAUCCUUGCUGCCAUGUAUGUUGUGACUAUUAAUGAUGAGGGUGACUGUUACUGGUGUUUCCCGUCCGACCCGGGCAUUGGUACUACUGCUCUAGGUGCCAGUGAGGCUACUGCUCUAGGUGCCAGUGCGUCUGUGCUCUCUGGUACUGGUGAGUCUGCGCUCUCAGGUACUAGUGAGUCUGCGCUCUCAGGUACUGCGUCGGCUUCGGCCUCCCACACCUUCACCCUUGACUCUGGGGCGUCUCGCUCCUUCUUUCGGGACCGCACCACACUCACGCCGCUUAGUCGGCCGGUUGCGGUGUCCCUAGCUGACCCCUCUGGGGGUCCUGUCCUAUCUCGCUUCUCCACAGUCCUCCCGUGUCCUGCGGCUCCCUCUGGCACCCUGACUGGUCUCUACCUCCCCUCGUUCUCUACGAACCUGGUGAGUGGUGCUGACCUACAGGAUGCGGGUGUCCACCAGUUCACUCCUGCUCGUCAGCGGGUGACGCACUGCACAGAGGCUAGCACAGGUCGCCACCUGGCUACGUUUACACGUCAGCCAGGGUCGAGCCUGUACAAACUGACCAGUGCUUCUCCUCCAGUUGCUGAGUCUGGUAGAGUCCCUGCGUCUGGUCAGGUGUUUGCUGCAGCGUCCAGGUCUGGUCCUGAGUCUGCCCCCUGUUCGUGUCGUCGCCUGUCUCACGAGACUCUCCUCUGGCACCACCGCCUUGGUCACACCUCUCUGCUUUGGCUUAGAGGCAUGGCCUCCCGUCUUCUUGUGUCUGGUCUCCCCCGGUCCCUCCCUCCCCUUCCUCAGGGCCCUGGCCCUGCCUGUGUCCCCUGUGUCGAGGGGCGCCAGCGUGCUGCCCCUCACUCCUCCCAGUUUCCUCCGACAGAGGCCCCGUUGCAGACGCUGCACAUGGACGUGUGGGGCCCUGCCCGCGUCCGUGGACUUGGUCACGAGUGCUACUUCCUCUUGGUGGUUGACGACUACUCGCGUUACACCAUAGUCUUCCCCUUGCGCAGCAAGGGUGAUGUCACUGAGGUGCUGAUCGACUGGAUCCGCGCAGCUCGUCUCCAGCUCAGGCAAAGCUUUGGCUCGGACUUUCCUGUCCUGCGUUUGCACUCUGACCGCGGCGGAGAGUUCUCCUCUGGCCUUCUGCGUGCCUACUGUCGUGCGCGAGGCAUCCGUCAGACCUUUACGCUUCCGGACUCACCACAGCAAAAUGGGAUUGCAGAGCGCCGCAUUGGCAUGGUCAUGGAUGUCGCUCGUACGUCUAUGAUGCAUGCGGCUGCCCCCCAUUUUCUGUGGCCGUUUGCGGUCAGGUACGCGGCGCAUCAGAUCAACCUUCAGCCCAGGGUCUCCAGGUUGGAGACCUCCCUAGCCUUGCUGUGGACGGGGAAGGUUGGCGAUGCGUCGGCAUUCCGGGGCUGGGGAUCUCGGGCGUUUGUCCGCGACUUGUCUGCGGACAAGCUGUCCCCUCGCGCUGCUCCCUGCGUCUUCUUGGGGUUCCCCCCCGACGCCCCUAGGUGGCAGUUCUACCACCCCACCUCUCGCCGUGUUCUUUCCUCCCAGGACGUCACGUUCGACGAAUCGGUACCCUACUACCGCCUCUUCCCCUACCGCACUCCGUCCCUUCCCCCACGCCCGCUCUUCUUGGUACCAGGUCCCCCCCCGGUAGACCCCCUUCCCCCUCAGGGUCCUGCCCCUUCAGGUGUGUCCCACGUAGACGUGGUUGAGCCUGUCGAGGUCACUGGUGACUCUGGUGCUGCAGCGGGUGCUGAGCCUCGGCGUGCGGGGCCUGGGGGUGCGGAGUCUGGGGGUGCGGAGCCUGGGGGUGCUGAGCCUGGGGGUGCUGAGCCUGGGGGUGCUGAGCCUGGGGGUGCUGAGCCUGGGGGUGCUGAGCCUGGGGGUGCUGCGACUGGAGGUGCUACGCCUGGAGGUGCUUUGCCUGGGGGUACUGAGCCUGGAGUUGCUUCGCCUGGAGGUUCUCCGAGUGCUUCGUCUCGCCGAGAGCCACUCUCCCCGCAGGAGCUGCGUGAGUGGUUUGCCCGGCGCUGGAGGCGUGCUGCUGGUGCUGGCGGUUCUUCGGCUGCUGAGGGUGUUGCUGUCACGGGUCCCAAAGGUGCUCGUACUGGGAGUACUGGAGGUGCACGGCCUGCGGGUUCGACUGGAGCUGAUGCUGCUGAGGGUGUAAGCGCUGAGACUACCACUGGCGGUCCUGCUGGGGGUGCUUCUGGUGCUGCUGGAGGUUCUGGAGCUGCUUGA